CUCGUCAUGUUUCUAGCUCGAUGGGGAGAGCUUCUUUUUCAUGUGCUCUUUUUUGCUCAAGUACUCCUCUCUUUACUCCGCUACCUACCAUACUACCUAGCCGGUACGCUACACCGCAACGGCUGCUGCUUACGUGCUGCUAUAGCUCCAAAGAAACCGGCCAAAAUACACUGCAGUGCAGUACAUAAGUGGCAUCCAUCGAAAAUCGGGGGUCGGUAUUCGGUAGCGAAAGGAGCGGGAAAGGAACGAAAAGCUUCGAACGUUGCUGUCGAAGGAUUGGGCAGGCUGGGGCUCAGCGCAGGGGUGUGUGUGACCUUGUGGGUUCCUUACCCAAGCAGCAGCCUUUCCAUUUGGCUACCUCUCUUUUCUUGAGUUUUGUUACAUUUUUCAUCUUUGCUCAGACUUCCAACAGUCUUUUUUUUCCUUUUCGUUUAUGCAACUUUUCUUCCUGGGACGGUCGUGAUAUUAUGUCGGGAGCCUUUGUCUCAGCCUAGGCAUAUAUAUUACAUCCACGGUAUCUUUCUGACGGAGUUUUCAAAGACAUUUUACAAGAAUGUAUAUGAUUUAAAGGUUAUAGACGGGAACUGCAUCGAACACCGCCACCUCCACCACUACGAAGCUGACGAAGAAAGACUUUACGAACGUACGACCUUAUGAGACUGGACGACUUAAACUGAGACAAGAAGAGUAUAUGACACCGGCCGGCACGACUUGCGAGGGCACCGAUCACAUAUACAAAAGACGAAACAGAUACACACGCUUUCGGGUUCGCCCAAGCUAAAGCAGCUUCAUUGACACGCAAGGCUUAUACCGGCUACGGCACCCAUCCAGCUCACACGGCGGCUCGGUACUGAAUUCGGGUUUGAGAAAUCUUCAUCAUCACCAAGCCCCAGCUAUUUAUCGAGCCUUCUGCUUCUUCUUCUUCUUCUUCGUAACACCAACGGCAUUGAAACUCAAGGGGCAAGGAUAUCAUCAAGACCAAUCAGCCAUGGAUCAGUACCUGUUUCAGACGUAUCUCGACCAGUGCUCAUUUGUGGAGGAGACUACCUCAUGGAUAGAAAUCUUCAAUUAUUCGGAUGAAAGUCUCAACACCAUUGAGGAGCAUCGAUUCGGGCCUGAUGAGCGACGAGUCGAGUUUCAUAAUUUUUUGCGUCGGCGGGGUGUCUUUGCUCCUAGAGAGUUGAAGGAAGGAGUACGACUUUUAAACGGAAUUCGUCUGAUAGUACAAAAGGAUGCGCAAGAUAAUGAAACUUUUGCACCUCUUCACGUUUCCCUAAAGCCCGAGGACUACUCAAGCAUGGUCGAGAUCAUGCGGUUACCUUACCGAGCCAUAGAAGGAACCAGCGUUGUCGGCCCCUUUUUCUGGGCAGCUCUGGACCACGACGACAAAGAUCCUCACUUGCAAAUCAUCUUCCGCAAAUCCGACGUCCGGAAAAAGGGCAAAACCCGCGGCUGGGAACUGAUGCUCUCGCACUCCUUCAACACGGGCAUCACGUCGGGUUUCGUCAAAGGCACGCCCUCGUCCGACAUCAACGUUUCCAUCAAGACCCUAUUGGCCUGCGCCUCACAAGCCAUGCACCCCUUUUUGCUCCCCAUGAUCGUUUUGUCUCACGACAUCUCCAUCAAGACGGACAUGAAGCAGCGCGAAGCGCGCGAGUGGUUGCGCCGGCUCGAGCACGCCGUCAGCAUGCGACAAGAAAUCCUCGAGGAAGAGUCCAACUACAUCAAAGACACCAUGGUCAACUUGGACCAGAUCAACCGCGACCUGGUCGAGUGCCACUCCCAAGUCCUAUGGAAACGCCCGCAAGCCUACCAAGAAAUCGUCCGCAGUUUUGGCAUCGCGCUCGAUAGCUUUUGGUCUCUCGCUGAAUCCCGUCCCGAAACCUACGGCAAAGAGGCCUUCAAAGCCCUGCACGAGAGCUUCGUCUCCCGCCUGGAUUUCUUCCAAGCCAAACUCAAGGGGAUCGAGAGCUACGCACACAUCACGCUCGAGCGUCUGUCCAUCCAGCGCGCGGCGCUGUACAACAUCAUCGCCCAGAAGGAGUCCAAGCUGGGUCUGCAAAUGGCCGUCGACCAGCGCAAGCUGGCGCACGCCGCCAAGCGGGACGCAACCUCUAUGAAAUCCAUUUCCCUCUUGGGCGCGGUAUUCUUACCCGCCACACUGCUGGCGUCCGUCUUUUCCAUGACCUUUUUCAACUUUCAGAACCAGGAUUCGGGGGAUUCGUCGUCGUCGUCGUCGUCGUCGUCCGCUGCGGGUGACACCAAUUCAACAACCUCUUCUUCUGGGGGAAGUGGAGGCGGUGGUGGUUCAGUCUCCCCCACCAUCUGGGUGUACUUUGCCAUCACCAUCCCUGUGACGCUCGUCAUCGUCGUGACCUGGCUCCUGUGGGACAAGAGGCGCGAAGCCGAGUACGCCGAAGUAGAUAAAGAUAUCGAGAAGGGCAUCGAUGCGAUGGAGCAGAAGAUCAUGGCAGAGAUGAGGAAGAGGACGAUGAGCACGGCUAGGACGUGGAAUGUUGCCAAGAGUUGAUGACAGUAGGAGGAGCGGGAGGCGGCUUGGGCAUAUCAAGGCAUAUCACAACGAGCGACGAUGAUGUGACGAAAGAGAAAUCCAUGGAUUAACAGCCAUUUGCCAUUUUUGGAUUGAAGAAAGGGGAGGGAGUUGUGGGAUGGACAACAUAUCAAGGACUGUGAGUACCUUGACGUGAUAUGAGUUAUGAUACCUUCGCGCAUUGGGGCGGCUACAUAAGUUAUGACUUGCGUAUACAUACCAUGGCUACUUUACUAUAGAAAAUCAAUGGCAUCUUCCCGCG